AUGCUGCAGCAAAUUUUGCGUGAUAUGUAUAUUGACCCUGAGCUCCUGGCAGAGCUGAACGAAGAGCAAAAGCAGAUCUUGUUCUACAAGAUGAGAGAAGAGCAGCUGAGGCGCUGGAGGGAAAGGGAAGAAAAAGCCCGGAUGGAGGAGGCUGUGCUGAGAAAGACGGCAAGGCGCAACCAGAAUGGCAAACACGUGCAGUGGCUGCGGGGCAAGGACGGUGAGGUCUGGGUCUGGGUGAUGGGAGAAGCCCCGGGGGACAAACCCUACGAGCAGAUCUCGGAGGAGCUCAUAGCAGAGCGGGCCAGGCAGCAGGCACAGAAGGAGGCAGAAGAACUAUGGAGACAAAAAGAAGCUGAAAUAACAAAGAAAUUCCGUGAUGCUAUGGCUCAAGAAAAAGCCAGAAUAGUGGCAGAAAAAUGGAAAAUAGAAAUGGAGGAUCGGAAAGCAGCCAAACUGGAGGAAGAAAAAAUUCAGGAGGAACUGAAGAAAAGAGAAGAAGAGGAAAGACAGAAAGGUGAGGAGCUAAUCAGGCAGCAGGAAGAAAUCCGGGCAAAGGAGUUGUACCUGAGCCUCAAGCAAGCUCAGCAGCACAGUCAGCACAGCGAUGACGACCAGGAGUGGGAAGAGCAGUUGCGCCGCUCCAAGGCUGCGGACGAGGAGAGGAGGCACAAAGCGCGCAGGGCGCGGGACGAGUACCGACGGCAGUCCCUGCGUGCCAUCCAGAAGGGAAGAGUGGCUGGCCUGAGUCAUUUGUUCCAGGGGACAAACCUCAGCAACGAUCAGGAGAUCAAACUGAACAACAACAGUGCGAGCCCUUUGCUGUCUCCUGCAGCCAACAUCUGGGAGCGCCCUUCUCGGCCCUUCUCCCGAGACGUGAUCAUUCGCUGGUUCAAGGAGGAGCAGAUCCCUCGGCGGGCUGGCUUUGAGAGGAACACCAACAGGAUUGCUCCAUGGUUCCAUGGCAUUAUUAGCCGUCAGGAAGCAGAGGAGCUAUUGAUGAAUAAAUCUGAAGGCGCGUUCCUGGUACGAGUCAGUGAGAAGAUCUGGGGCUACGCGUUGUCCUAUCGCCAGCAAAAUGGCUUCAAGCACUUCCUGGUUGAUGCUUCGGGGGAUUUCUACAGCUUCCUGGGGGUAGAUCCAAACCGACACCCAACACUCACAGAUCUGAUUGAUUUUCACAAGGAAGAAAUCAUCACAUCCUCAGGUGGGGAGCUACUUCUGGAGCCAUGUGGACAGCAGAAGAAUCCACCAGACUACAGCCCUUUAUUUGAUUAACUGAUCCAGGACCAACAGGAAUGCAUCCUGGAUAGCUGUAGUAAUAGAUGGUUACAAAAGUAAACAAUGGAAGUA